AUGCUCGUCUCAGAAUCCCACGUCGACGUUCCUACCUCGGCCGAUGGCCAGGGUUCCAUGCGAAUCUACAUCUUCCAUCCCAAUAUUCCCGGGUAUCCGAAAGCCCGGUUCCCCGGUGUGGUGGUUUUCAGCGAGAUUUACCAAGUCACCGGCCCCGUGGCACGUUUCGCCAGACAAAUUGCCGGUCAGGGAUAUAUCUGCGCUGCACCCUCUAGCUACCACGAAUUCACCGGACCCGAGGCUCUGCAGUACAACGCCGAGGACACGGAUAAGGGGAAUGCGUGGAAGAUUAGGAAGGCCCUAAACGCCUACGACGAAGACGCCAGCCUCUCCGUGGAUUACCUUCUCUCACUUCCGACGUGCAAUGGCCGCGUGGGCGCGACGGGCAUGUGUCUGGGCGGUCAUCUGGCGUAUCGGUGUGCGCUGGAUAGUCGGGUUAAGGCGGCUGUGUGUUACUUUGCGACGGAUAUCCACAGCAAGACCCUAGCCCGGGGUAAGAAUGAUGAUAGUUUGGCUAGGGCGGGGGAUAUCAAGGGGGAGUUGUUGAUGAUAUUCGGCAAAAACGACACCCACGUCCCACCCGAAGGCCGGGAUCUGAUUCGCAAGACCCUGCAUGAUCAGGGCGUUCUGUUCAGUUUCUACGAAGUUGCCUGGGCCCAGCACGCGUUCAUCCGCGAUGAGCUCAGCAAGGGCCGGUACGACCCUGCGAUUACCAAGUCCUGCUUCGAGAUGAUGAUGGAGCUCUUUGGGCGCACGCUUAAGCUCGAUUUGGGUGAGCAUGACGGUAAGGAGGUGGUGGUUGAGGAUGUUUGUUGA